AUGGAGCGCGGCGAACGGGAGGUGUUAGACCUCCCGUUACCCAGGGAAGGGGAGACCGCGCGGCUCGCCGGAGAUGGUCUGUAUGCGGAGGAUUUCCACAGGUUCUCAGCGAAGGCGUCGUCGCCAUCAUGUUCCGGGCGAGUCGCGCAUCCUUACGGGUGUCCGUACGAAGAGGAGGAAGACUCGAGUGCCGCCCCGAACGAGGCUUUGGGGUUCGAGGCCUCCAUUGACGGAGACAGCGUCGAAGGAGACGCACACCUGCGGCAGUGUUCGUCGGCUUUCCCUGGCGUGGUCAUUGCUGCUGCAGUGUCUCACGCAAGUCAGAGGCCAGCGACGAGUGACGGCAGUGGCGGCGGCUCCGCGUCGCCGGAUAGAGACUCGCCGACUGGAGACGAGACUCGAAGUUUUUUUGCUGCACCUGUGGCGUCUCCAGGCCGUUACCCGCUCUCUGAGACUGCCCAUGCUCCUGUCGGUGUACGGGUCACAGCGUCUUCAGGCACUGGGGUCACCCGCCAGCAGGAGCGUGGCGAGCAUCCUCCAGAGUCAUGUCCUUCGCCUCAGUUGCAUCAGCCAGGUUUUUGCGCCUCUGUGGGCGCCCUCAAAGGCCAGUCGGCGACAGCAUCUCACGACUCGCACAUGCAUAUCAACCCGGGGUUCACCGCGCAGCAUCCACCAGCGACUUUUUCUUCCAGCGUCGUGGCCCCGUGUCUAUAUGGGCAUCCAUGCGAAACAGGCUGCCCAGGCGCAGCUGCGGUCAGUUCGCAUGCAGUCUACGCAAUGGAAUGUGCAUCAGAGUGGAAGCACGACUCCUUCGCUCCCGUGGCGCUGGGGGUCGACGAGACGGAAUUCGCGCACGUGGCACCAGGUGCGCGAAUUCCUGCGGCCUCCGAUUCGUACGGCGCGCGGCGCAGCAGCUGGCGGACGAGAGGAGGGGGGCACGCCCGCGAGGCUGGACUUGUGACGCGGGUUUCGAGCCGCGAAACCGACUUCGGCGUCGAGGGACCCUCGAGUCGGCGAGAGAUUUCAGCCGCGCGAGCGGCAGCGGCGACUGUAGCGCGUGUGGCGCUCCGCGUCGCGGCGCGGGUGGCGACGGUUGGUGAGACGCUGCACGGCCACUGGCGGAGACUGACAAGAAGUCCAGGCGGAUUCAACGGGGUCGAGUCGGGCGACGACGACGAAGAAGAAGAGUUCAACGCAGAAACGGAUGGCAUGACGUCUGAUGACUCGCAGGGGUAUCCGUCGCAGCAGAAGGGCGGCGCCGGCAGAAGAGGGGAGAAAGGGAACGGCGGAGUGGGAAGCGGCCGAGGGAGGCGGCCGAUUUUCUCGAAAAAAGGGGGCGACUGGACUGCGCUGGGCGACAGCGAGGAAGCUCAAACCCCGCUGGGCUCGGAGUCGACCAAAUAUGAAGUCUGGAAGUGCAUUGGUGUUGAGCAGACAAUCGCGGGCGCACACCCGCGUGAAAAUCAGCGGCUUUGCUCGUUAGUGUUCGCCCUCAUCUUCCUCCUGGAAGUCUUUGUUAACUUCGAUUGCGGCGCCGUUCCCGCCUCACUGUCACAAAUCGCCGUCGACUUCCGCUUGUCUACAACGUGGCAGGGGCUCGUCGGCGCCCUGCCUUAUGUGGGACUGACUCUAGCGUCGCCUUGCGUUGGGCGCCUUCUCGCCGUCUACCACCCGAAGCUUGUGAUCAUUUCCACCAUGGCGCUCAACGUCGUCGCGAUGCUUCUUCUGAUCGUCACCUAUGCUCUGCCGUCUUCGAUGCACUCCUUGCCGGCGGACGCAACGCAUUCUCCUUCCGAAGACGAGGCAUCUUCUACGUUGACUACAGUCCUGGAUGUGGCGGCCUCGCCGAGUAGUGGCGAAGAGGGUAGUCGCUAUUUGUUUUCCUCCCUGCCUUCUUUUCCUUCUUUCAAUGUCCAUGACCUCUCACCGUCUGCUUGGCUUCUCCUCUCCAGUCGCUUCUUCGUGGGCCUGACGCAAGCCGCCUUCGUCAUCUACGCCCCCGUGUGGGUAGACGAAUUCGCCCCGCCGCAGUAUGCGGCCCUCUGGAUGGGGAUCGUUCAAGGAGCAGCUGUGGUCGGAGUCACGAUUGGCUACCUGGUCACAGCCUUCUUGUGCAUUUACUUGCUUCUGGACUGGCGGUGGGCGUUCCUGCUGCAAGCGGUGGUCGUCCUCGCCCUUGUGGCAGCCAUCUGGGAGUUGCCCUCGGAGUCGAUCGACGCGAGCUCAAAGCUGCACGCGGCUGAGCAAGACGAAGACGAGGACAACGAACUGGGCGAGGCGGAGUUGGUGGCGGGGGCCCUGACGGCCCGCGAGGAUGAAGCGAGUGCCGCAUCUCCGCGGCUGAAGAGCGUCGUCGCGAGCGGCCGCAGCCCAGACGCAGCCCGCGAGGCCUCGCGGUCGGCGGCGCUUCGACAGGCUGCUGCCGCUGCGGCGAGCGAGAGCUGCGCCGCCCGCGAGCUCACUCCUCAGUUCCCGCUAGGCGGCUACCACGCCCAGCCCACGCACGAGCUGAGCUACACUGCGGAGGCGGAUGUCGACUGGAUGCACGAUAGCGAUGAUGAGCAAGAAUCGUAUCGCGGAAGCUCCGGCGGCGCGGAAAAGAAAACUGCUUUUGUCGGCGAGCGGAGCGGCGGCCGCUCUGCGGGCGUGCCCGGCUCAUCCUCACGAAGAGACCGUCUGCGGACUGGCGACGCUCUAGGGAGGAACUCUCGGAGCGCGACGGGUGGUAAAGGCCAGUUGGGCAACGCCGCAAGGACUCUCUGCAGUAGUGGGGGCGGCACCGCAUACUCUGAACUGGAGCUGCCGCAGGGGAUGGCAGCGAUUUACGCUCAACACGGAAGCAACGACGCCGCCAAACAGCGCUUCGGUGCCAUCCGGCCCUCGGGAGUCAGCACCUGCGAGGAUUUGCGGCACAGCGGCUCAAUCAGAGUUCUCAUGGUAGCGGAGCAGGAUGCUUUGAGAGACCGUGACGACGCCGGGCGCUCACCCAGGUCUACUGAGGCGAGAGCCAGUCAACGGACAAAACGAAACCGACCAGCGGGGAAGGCCUUGACAACAUGGGCCAUGAUGAAGCGACUUGCCAGCAAUCCGCUUUAUAUUCUGCCGGUCUUCACCCUGUCUGCGCUUCUUUUCGUGGUCACCGGAGUCCAGUUCUGGGGGACGGUGCACCUUACCUCGAACCUGCAGUUGGCGCCAUCCAUUGCCAUGCUGGCAUUCGCGGCCGUCGCGGCCAGCGCGCCGACGGCCGGCGUGAUUGGCGGAGGCAUCAUGGUCGACAGACUUGGAGGCUACAAGACAAUUGAUGCUAAGGUGAAGACGCUCCACGCUUGCCUAGCCGCUGCGGCCGCGGCAGUGUUUUUUGGUUUCAUGGGCGCGAUGACGACGGAUGCCCUGACCUUCGUUCUCUCACUGUGGUUUCUGCUCUGCUUCGGAGCGGCGCUGUUGCCGCCCCUCACUGGUCUACAAAUCGCCUCUGUCGACACUGCGCUGCGGACUUUCGCGAGCGGAUUAUCCAUGUUCACCUACAACAUCUGUGGCUAUGCUCUAGGCACGUUUCUUCCCGGCGCUGUGAUGGACUUCGCCCAGCAAGGAGACGUCGUCGGCAUGAGGCUGAUUCUCUUUUGGUCACUCUUUGGCCUUGUCGGCGUUUUGGUGACCACGCUGUUCGCCCGACGGAUGCGUGAGCAGCUUCCGGUUGUGGGAUCCUCUUCAGCGACUCCACAUCAGGAGGCCUCUGCGACGCCGACUUUCGCUGUGUCCGGCAUAUCGAACGGGCGUGAAGAUGUGUGA